CGACGCAUCUUGGUGAAGACUUCUCAUCAGCGUCCAGCUUAUACUUUGUUUUGACAGCCCACCAAUGUUGCAACAUGGAACAUUUACAAUUGAACCUGUCGUCACUGGGAAUUAUAUGUAGACACAUUAAUAACAACAACCAACUCCGCCAAUAUCUCUCAAAACAGAUAUGGAGUCAGCAGGACAGGCAGCACAUUCUGGAGUGUUUGGCCCAGCUUCUGUUGGAGAAGGAUUACACUUUGAUAGUUGCCAGACACCUGCGACCACUGGUCCUGGAUUUGUUGGAGCGGAAUGCAGAGAGAGUUAAGACAAAUGGAAGCACCAGCCAUGAUCUCCAUGAACGCCUCUGUGUGGCUCUCAGUAAACUUAUUGGCUUCAACCCUGAUGCAAAGUCGUUUGCUGCAAGGUACUUCAGCGACGCCCCUCCAGUGUUUCAGAGACUCUUCUUUACCAGUGAAGAGGCAUCAGCGGUCCAGUAUGGUCCAAGGCGGAUGAAACUGCGUGACCUCAUGGCUGCAACUCUUUGCUUCCUCAAGAGUGAUUCUGCCAAGUUUGGACUACUCUGGGACUGGAGUCCAUGUGUUUCCCUGCUGCUCACAAGAGAUGUCAUGGUUCGAGGAUACACUGCUAAUUGUUUAGCAUUGGUUUCUCGUAUGACUGAUCAGCAGAAAACAACCUUCCUGACAAAAGCACUGACAAGUGAUGAAAUUCUUCAAAUGAAAAUCAAGUCCUUUGAAGAAACCCAGCUGACUGAUGUAGACAAAGCCCUGGUAUUAGCCAAUCAAGGCUCUGCAAUAUGGCACAAGGAAAAAAAGAAGUAUACCCAGUGCCAAGUGGUAUCAGAGGACUUGUCUCGAAAUGUUGUGGCAAUCUGUGGUGUUUUGCUGCCCAAAAUUGCUCCAAAAGAGGCUGUGCAGGAUAUGGUGCUAGUGGACUCAACCAGUCUCAAUCUGAGAAGAUUGGCUUUGGCUGUGGCGUCCCAGAAGCCUGUGCUCCUAGAGGGGCCUAUCGGAUGUGGUAAAACUGCCCUGGUGGAGAUUAUGGCUGCCCAUACAGGUCAUGCAAAAACUACAAACUUUCUGAAGGUUCAGCUUGGGGAUCAAACAGAUAGUAAGCUUCUGCUUGGUAUGUAUCGAUGCACUGACAUACCAGGAAAGUUCAUAUGGCAGCCAGGAACUCUGACACAGGCUGUGACUAAAGGAAUGUGGAUUUUGUUGGAAGACAUUGAUCAUGCACCACUAGAUGUGGUAUCUGUCCUCCUUCCAUUAAUGGAGAAUAAAAAGUUAAUGAUUCCAGGACGGGAGGAUAGCAUUGACAUAUCCCCUGGAUUUCAGUUCUUUGCAACAAGAAGGAUGAACUACAGUGAUGGCGGUUGGCACAAACCACCACACUCCAAUGCAGCUUUACUUGAUAAGUACUGGACAAAGCUGCAGAUUGGUAACAUGACUAGAGAAGAGCUGAAAAUGGUGGUAAUCAACAAGUAUCCAACACUGACAAUGGUGGCAGAUCGUCUCUUGGAUAUUUACUGCCUCCUGACGGGUGAGAGACAUUUAGACCCGUUGUUACAUCAAAACUCCCGAGAAAGCCUUCAGUGCAAGUCUGAGGAGAGACCCACAAAGCUGGAGGGCAGAGCACUGUCUCUAAGGGAUUUACUGAAAUGGUGUGAGAGGAUCAGUGUCGAUUUUGACAGCACGUCUCCAACUACAGCACAGCAUGUCUUCCAAGAGGCUCUUGACUGCUUCACAGCAAUGAUGUCUCAUCCGGAAAGCCAACUGCAGAUGGCUGAGAUAAUUGGAAGCAAACUUAAUAUCUCCAAAGAAAAGGUUCAGCACUUCUGCCAGAUGUAUCAGCCUGCCGUAUCGCUGACUGAAAAUGAGGUCUUGGUGGGUCGAGUGACUCUGGUUCGAAAGCAGACUGAAACAGUGCAGCUGAGUGUCAGUGAUAAUCACACGUUUGCUGCCACUCGACCAGCUGCGGUACUCCUGGAGCGACUGGCCCUUUGCGUUGCAAAGCAGGAGCCUGUUCUCCUAGUGGGAGAGACGGGAACGGGAAAGACAACAACUGUUCAACACCUGGCCAGAGUAACAGGACAUAAGUUGAUGGUUGUAAACAUGAACCAACAAAGUGACACUGCUGACCUACUUGGUGGGUACAAGCCAGUAGACCACAAGCAGAUAUUAAUCCCACUGCGGGAGGCCUUUGAAGACUUGUUCUCCCAGACCUACUCCAGGUCGCAAAACCUCACAUUUUUAGGCCAUAUGCAAACAUGCUUCAGGGAGAGGCGUUGGCAUGACCUGCUCAAACUCAUGGACCAUGUCUGCAAAUCCUUCCUCGCUAAAGAUUUGCAAGAUGACUCCAAUGCCGCCUUGCUGCAGGAGAAGUGGGACGGUUUGGCAAGCAAACUGAGUCAGACUCAGAAGCAGAUAGAAGCAUGUGAGACAGCCAUGGUCUUUGCAUUUGUGGAGGGAACAUUAGCCAAGGCAGUAAAGAAGGGCCACUGGAUUUUGCUGGAUGAGAUCAACCUGGCUGCAGCAGAGACCCUGGAAUGUUUGAGUGGACUCUUAGAGGGCAGUGCGGGAUCGCUGGUGUUGCUGGACCGUGGAGAUUUUGCUCCCCUGGUUAGACACCUGGACUUCAGACUAUUUGCUUGCAUGAACCCAGCUACUGAUGUGGGGAAGAGAAACCUACCUCUGGGCCUCAGGAACAGGUUCACAGAGCUGUAUGUGGAGGAGCUGGAAAAUGAAGCAGACCUGCAGAUCCUGGUUUCAGACUACCUCAAAAACUUGAAUCCUCACAGGAGUGUAAUUGAUGGCAUCAUAAGUUUCUACCUGACAAUAAGAAAGGAGGCUUCCUCACACCUUGUAGACGGUACAGGUCACAGACCCCACUACAGCCUGCGCACGCUAUGCAGGGCACUGAAGUACGUGGCAGCAAACCCGUGCCACGCCGUGCAGCGCUCACUUUAUGAGGGUUUCUGUCUGAGCUUUCUGACUCAGCUAGACAGGAAGUCCCAUCCCUUGGUCCAGAAACUGGUUUGUCAGCACAUCUUGAAAGGAAACACCAAGUGUCUCAAACAACCCAUUUCGGCUCCUAAAGGUCGACCAUGUGUGGCGGCAGAGGGCUAUUGGGUGUCUCAGGGUGAGAUGGACCCAGCUGUGGAUCCCAGCUACAUCCUCACAGCCUCAGUCAAACUUAACCUAAGGGACCUUGCUCGAGUGGUAUCUGCAGGAAUUCACCCAGUGCUUAUCCAGGGGGAAACAUCUGUGGGGAAGACCAGCCUUAUACGCUGGCUGGCCGCAGCGACUGGUAACCAUUGCGUUAGAAUCAACAACCACGAGCACACUGACAUCCAGGAGUACAUAGGAUGCUACUCAUCAGACGAUCGGGGCAAACUGGUGUUCACAGAGGGCAUACUGAUCAGUGCCAUGAGAAAAGGUUACUGGAUCAUCCUGGAUGAGUUGAACCUGGCCCCCACUGAUGUUCUAGAAGCCCUCAACAGGCUGUUAGAUGACAACAGGGAGCUUUUUGUGCCGGAAACACAGGAAGUUAUCAAGGCUCACCCAAGAUUCAUGUUGUUUGCAACCCAGAAUCCCCCUGGUCUCUAUGGGGGUAGAAAGGUGCUUUCCAGAGCAUUCAGGAACCGCUUUGUGGAGCUGCAUUUUGAUGAACUACCAAGCCAGGAGUUGGAGACCAUCCUCCAUCUGAGGUGCAGAAUACCUCUAUCGUACUGCACCAAACUCGUCAAAGUCAUGACCGAACUACAGUCCUUGCGCAGAGGAUCAACUGUGUUUGCGGGCAAACAUGGCUUCAUCACUCUCAGGGAUCUGUUCCGCUGGGCUGAUCGCUACCGGCUGGAAGAGCAGACGGAAGCCUCUCAGGACUGGUUGCAGCAUUUGGCUGAUGAUGGGUACAUGUUGCUGGCAGGACGUGUUAGAAAGCCUGAGGAGGAGGCCACCAUCCUGUUCAUUCUGGAGAAGUACCUGAAGAGGACUGUGAACCCAGAAAAAUUGUUCUCUUUAAAACAGGUCACCAGCCAGUUUAGUCCUGUUGAUGGCAGUGUUGCUGUGCCAAAGGAUUUUCGCCAUGUAGUGUGGACACAAAGCAUGAGGCGGCUCGCUGUGCUCGUUGGACGAGCGCUUCGAUUUGGCGAGUCUGUGUUGCUCGUUGGAGACACUGGGUGUGGAAAGACAACAAUCUGCCAGCUGUUUGCAGCAUUAGCUGGCCAGAAGUUUUUCUCUGUCAACUGUCAUUUACACAUGGAAACAUCAGACUUCCUGGGAAGCUUGCGGCCUGUCAGACAAUCCACCCAGGGUGAUGGUGAUGAAUGCAGGCUUUUUGAGUGGCAUGACGGCCCUUUGGUUUUAGCCAUGAAGCAGGGUGGAGUGCUCCUAUUGGACGAAAUAUCCUUGGCAGACGACUCAGUCCUUGAGCGACUGAACAGUGUUUUAGAGACAGAGAAGUCACUUGUACUGGCGGAGAAAGGCAGUGGUGACGAUAAUUACGUGGAGCUCAUCGGAGCUGCUGAAGGUUUUCGUUUGGUUGCCACCAUGAACCCUGGAGGAGAUUUUGGCAAGAAGGAGCUUUCUCCUGCCCUCAGGAACCGUUUCACUGAGAUCUGGUGUCCUCAAAGCAAUGGGCGGACAGACCUUUGUCGGAUCAUCCAACACAAUCUGCGCCCAGGGCUAUCACUCGAUGGUGGUGAUAUUGCCGACCUGAUUCUGGAUUUUAUAGAGUGGCUCACCCUUCAGGAUUUUGGCCGACGCUGCAUCCUUAGCGUCAGAGACAUUCUUUCGUGGGUUAGCUUCAUCAAUGUCAUGUGCAAGCGGGAUGGUGAAGAAUGUGCAGAGUGGGACCACAAACUUGACGUUGUUAAAGCUCUCAUCCACGCUGCGUGUCUGGUUUAUAUAGAUGGUAUUGGUUCAGGAACCACUGUGUCCUGUUCCCACAAUGCCAUAACAGCACGCAGGAAGUGCUUGGGCUUUUUGCACCUGCGCUUGAGUCAAAUGAAUCAAGUAGAUCAAGAGACACUUGACGCCCUGAGGAUGUAUGACACCAGCCUUCUGCGUCAACCUCAGUGUGGUGAAGACUUCUUUGGCAUCCAUCCCUUCUACAUUACCCUAGGGCCUCUUAACAAGAGUGAUGAUUUAUCUGACUACACCAUUGCAGCAGGCACUACUGCAAUGAAUGCUCAAAGGCUUUUACGGGCAUUGAAGUUGCAGAGGCCUGUCCUACUGGAAGGGUCACCCGGUGUGGGCAAAACAAGUCUUGUGUCUGCACUGGCCAAAGCUUCAGGGAACCACCUGGUCAGAAUCAACCUGUCAGAGCAAACUGAUGUCACUGACUUGUUUGGGACCGAUUUCCCCGUGGAAGGAGGGAAGGGAGGACAGUUUGCAUGGCGUGAUGGUCCACUUCUGGCUGCUUUGAAGGCAGGCCACUGGAUUCUCCUAGAUGAGCUGAAUCUGGCAUCUCAGCCAGUGUUGGAAGGACUGAAUGCAUGCUUUGAUCACAGAGCAGAAGUCUUCAUUCCUGAGCUGGGCGUGACCUUCCAAGUUCAGCACGAGAAGACAAAAAUUUUCGGUUGUCAAAAUCCUUACACUCAAGGCGGCGGUCGUAAGGGGCUUCCUAAAUCUUUCCUGAACAGAUUCACACAGGUGUUUGUGGAUCAGCUGACCAACCAAGACAUGGAGUUCAUAGGAAAUUCCAUGUUUCCCACCAUUGACAAAAGAAUAAUUUCUAGAAUGGUCGAGUUCAGUGAUAGGCUUGUCCAGGAGGUGAGUGUCCAGCGACAUUGGGGUCAGAAAGGAAGCCCCUGGGAGUUCAACCUGCGUGACAUAUUCCGCUGGUGUCAGCUAAUUCAGGCAGACCAGUCGCCGGGAUUUAUUAACCCUGGUCAGCAUGUGGCUUUGGUGUAUGCAGAGAGGAUGAGAACCGAGGCUGAUAAGGCACAGGUAUUGGCUGUUUUCAGGAAAGUGUUUGGGGAGGACUUUAAGUCCUACACAUGUUCUAGACAAUUUCAUAUGACACCACGCAACUUGCAAGUGGGGUUUUCUGUCCUGCAGCGUAAAGGUGGAGCCCAUGUAUGCUUGGAUCCUCCUUUGUCCAUCACACACCAAGCACUGAGACCACUUGAGUCCCUGAUGAAAUGUGUUGAAAUGGGCUGGAUGACCAUACUGGUUGGGCCAAUGGGCAGUGGAAAGACCAGCCUGGUGAAACUCCUGGCUGUCCUGACAGGAAACCGCCUCCGAGUCAUGGCAAUGAACAGUACCAUGGACACGACGGAGUUGCUGGGAGGUUUUGAACAGGUGGAUAUCAUGCGGCCAUGGCAACAUGUUCUUCAAAGUGUCGACUACUUGGUUGCCCUGGUAACACGACAUAGCUUGUCUUUGCUGGAUGCGAGCCUUAAAGAGACAGAGUUUCUGCUGCGUACGUGGGGCCUGUUUUGCCAGUGGCUGAAGGAGCAAGCCUUGGUCAGCGUCAAUUCUGAGGCCAUAAACAAACUGGAAGUCAUCCUUCUCCUCCUGGAAAAGCUGAACAGAAAACUCAAAGUGUUUACAGAUAUGUCAAAGCUGAAACUGGACUUCAGGCUGCUGAAAGAGCGGAUGGUCCAGCUGGAGGAUGCCCGGAACAGUGGAGGCUUUGAGUGGUUGGAUGGAAUGCUGAUCCAAGCCCUGCAGGCUGGCGACUGGUUGCUCAUGGACAAUGUUAACUUCUGCAGUGCCUCUGUACUGGAUCGCCUCAAUGCUCUGCUGGAACCUGGUGGAUCUCUCACCAUUAAUGAACGUGGGAUAAUAGAUGGGAGCACCCCGAAAAUCACUCCGCAUCCUAAUUUCAGGUUGUUCCUGACAAUGGACCCUGUGCAUGGAGAGCUCUCUAGAGCCAUGAGGAACAGAGGAGUGGAGGUUUACAUCCCUGGGGAAAAUGACGGAAUCUCCUGGGAUGCUAUGGAUUUGAAAACAUUGCUACACUCUGCAGGAGUGAAGGGAGACUGUGUUUGCAAUUUGCUGAUUGACAUACAUACAAGCAUCAAAGGUGCCAUCUGGGAUUCUCCUGCCUCGUCAAUGGCUUCCAUUCUUCAUGCCGCCACCCUACUUUCCUGCCAGCUGCAGAGAGGUGUGGAUUUACCAAGUGCAUUGAAACAUGCCUGUGGAGAGGCUUACGCAUUCAGUCAACGCACAACAGUCAACCUGAAGCUAGCCAUGGAGGUGAUUGAGCAGAAGCUGACAGUCCUGGACAACGAGGACUGGGGAAGUGAGUUACUGUGUGCUGGCGUUUGGCCUGACAGCCUUCCAUCCGCGUUGCUCUCCACAGAGGAUUCAUGCUUCUCGACUGUCCUCCGUGAUGGGCAGGUGUUGUCUUUUUGCCUCAACGCCCUCAGUUUGCAGGGCAAACGGAAUCGCCCAUUAUGUCUGAGUGACCUGCAAAAGGUGUUGCAGAGCAGUGGUGUGCAUGAAACUCUGGUGUUCCCAGAGGGAAGUAUACAUUCAGAGACUGACGUUCUGCAGCUGGUGGCCCCUGCAGUCAGACUUAUCACGGAGAGAGCUUCUCAUGGAGACUGGAUCAUGCGCUGUCGCUGGCUCUCACAUUUGAGAAAAAGCUACAAAUAUGCCAAUGAUGCAGCUUUGGUUCAAGUGGAGGCAGGAAGCACUGCGCUAAAGGCUGUAUUUACCAGUAAGCUUGCUGCUAAGGGAAAAUCCAUUUCUGGGCAUCUCCAACCCCACAGCAAUGAUGAGUACAGGGUUUUGGUGGACAUGCGCUGGAACAAGCAGUACAUGGAUAUUUUAGCCAACAAGCGUGACUUUGAGGACAAGGAAAGCUACAAGGAGUAUCUCCAGGAACUGAAUGCUGUUGCCAACAGGAUUACUCUGAUGCUGGACAGAGAAGAGAGGGUUGUAAUUUGUGACUUCACUGUGAACAUGUCUGCUCACACCUGUGCCCUGAAAAUUGCCACAGCCUUCCUCAACGAGACUGUGGAUAUUGGUCACUUGCCUCAUCCAGUGUUGAUUCACCUACGCGCAUUCUUUGACCUGUUUGAUUCUUUCACGCUGCAUGCUAUUCAGAGCGGCCAGGCUUACAUCUCAGAUCACAUUAUGUUUGAGGUCCUGCAGCUUCUCUACUGGCGUGAUCGUUUCUGGGAUGUUUGCAGCAUGAUGCCAGCAGACACUCACGGGAUCUCCGUGCUGUCACUGCACUGGCAGUGGGUACAGAAGCAUCUGAUUCUGCGUCUGCCACUACUCUUGCUCGGAGAUGCGGAUAUUCAGUCAGAGAAAUACCAAGAGCUUAAAGCAGUUGCAGGAGCCAUCCAAAAUCUUCUGUCCAUUCCAGUUUGCUUGGCUGAUGUUUUAAAACGCAUCCAGAAAUCACUGGGGAAACCUCUGCCAUUCAAGUUGGAGACUGUUGCGGAGUGUGCAUCGCAGCUGAGGGUGCUAAGCAAAGCCAUUGAUGUGAGCAAUUACAAACUUGAUCAUGCCUUCAGUUCUUCGAAGCAGGAAUUAGUCGGUAUUCGGGUAGCAGGACUUGGUGUGGACAUCAAGCAGAAUCUGCUUGAAGCCUGGGGAGUCAUUCUACUAGUAAACAACCAGCUGGAUCCGCAGAAAUCUGGAAUAUUGGAGAGGUUGGUGUCAAGUGUGGAUGAACAACUGCGCCAAAUGACUGCCACUGGUCUCUUUGAGACACACAUGAAGUCUGAAGGGGAUGGAUCAACAGACACAGGAGUUUGUCUGUGUCAGCAAGAACUGCAGCACCUGAGUUGCAAAGCUCAACUCUGGCCACUGAUGGAGGAAGUGGCUGUACUCAACCAGUUGCGACUCAGCGCAGAUAUAAUACACUUGUCCUUUUCACACUGUGACAAAGAGGCGGAGGACAGAUUACAUCUGGAACUUUCUAGACAUCUUCACUACUGCCUGCAGUCAACGCCAAUGAAUGUCACCCAGCUCCUGCCACUCUGGUUUCUUCUCAAGAGUGAAAGGCCAGCGGAGGAGCUCCAGUUGGUGUGGUGUGAGCUGCUGUAUGAGGCUUUGGUUGCUCUGUGGACAAACAGUGUGACAGUCGACCCUGACCGCUGGCUGAAAUGGGACCCAGUCAACCCUGAGAUACAGUCCAAGCUCAAGACACAUUGUGGACCUAAAAACAUGGGCCCAGCCUUACUAAGUACAGCCGUCUGGUCACAUUGCACACUGGGGGUUCUCAGCAGGAGUGAGACUGAAAGACAGUGGGAACCAUCAGGCACGGCACUUCUCUUCAUCUCCAAUGUGACACUAAGAGAGUGGAAGGAAAAGGUUCAGCAGCUCCAGGAUUUGUCAGCUGUUUUGUGGGACAAUAUGGCCUUUCCAGCCCUGGCAGACUUAAGAUACACAGAUUUUAGUCUCCAGGGUGCAGUGCUACGCCGACAACUACAGAGUAUGACCGACCUGUUGCCUCCUCGCCUGAAAAUGGGUUACAUUGAGUAUUGCGAGAGCCUGUUUGAGCAGCCUAACCCACUUGUUGCUGCUCAUGAGAUCCAGAGGCUCCUCAGAGACCUCCUUCCCUCUAAACUGCUCCCAGGUGGAGUGUUGGAUGCCUGUAUCACCUGCCUGCAGGAAUAUGCUCAAAGCAAAGUUCAAAACACCAACUCUUUGGCAUGCGCUGGUGUUUUCUGGGUCAACAUGGGCUUACUCCAAAUCAAAGUGUGGGCACCCCAGACCAUCUUUGACCCAGCUGUCAAGAGGGCCUACAAACUCAACUAUGCCCAGCAAGAGUUAGGUCUCCUGGAGAAGGAGUGGAAAACACGGAGCCUGUCGUUUGAGCUGAUGACUGGAACAGAACUGAAGGAGAGUAGCACCACUGACAGCAUGCAGCAUCCUCGAAUCAGGUAUUUGUGGCUCCGUAUGCAGCAGGUGAAGGAGCAAAUAGCUGAACUUUCCAGGAAGCAGGCAUGUCGCCCCCAAGAACACCAGUAUGGGAAGUUAUUCCAGGACCUCCAGCACUACCUCUGUAGCAUUGGCCAGGCAUCAGCAGUGCAAGAUCUGCUCUCACGCUUACAAAGUGCCCUGCAGGGUUCCUCCUCAAUGUCAGCCAUCCAGGGUCUGCUGAAAGAGGAGGCUGUCUGGCAGAACUCUCAGCAGAGGUUCUGCAAUAGGCUGCAAGAAGACUACCCUCUUUACCCUGAUGUGGUCGGCCCAGUAAAGGCAGGAAUACUCCAACUCCGUUAUGGCAUGAAGCUGGUUGCCUCCCAAGUUUAUGCCUCAGUUUGUCAUGUGCCAGGACUUCCCAAACUUGUAUCCUGCCUCUUAUCCUUCCCAUCCCUGUCCUCCAGUCUACAAUCCCACCUGGAACAGGCUGACUUCCUCAGUUCCAACGAAAGUCUGGACAUUUUGCAUAACCUUGGGAAGCUGCUGCCACAAGAAACAAACCAAGUGCUGGCACAGCCGUCCACACUGCUCCUUAAUGCUUUGCUGUUUGUGCAGUGCCACGCACUUAGCACAGGACAGUUUAGUGAUGCAGCACAGAACACCUUUCGACACAUCUGCCAGGUUCUUGUGAACGAGUGGGACGAGAUGGAGAAAAACCAGAGAGAUCGUGAACAGGAAGAGGCUUCUCUGUACCGCAUCUCCAGUCAAAUGCAUGGCAGUGGACUGACUGAGGACCAGUUGGAGGAGAGGGACUUUAGACAGCAGUUCCCUCAGUUUGAUAAGGAUUUUGCAGACAUGUCUCAGCCAAGUUUAGAGGGCCCAACAGAAGAAGUCGUGGAGAAGCCAGACAUGAAAGAUGAAAGCAGAUUUCUCUCACCUAUUGCAAUGAGCACAGUGAUGCAGAUUCAUAAGCGCCUAUGCUUGGGAUAUGCCCGGUCAUUGUGGUACCAGGACACAGCACCAGCCGGUCAAAUCAGCGACUACAUUAAGACCUUGGUGUCCUCUUACCAAGUUGCUGCCCCCAUGAUUUCUAACUUCUACCAUCUGAUUGAUGCAGAAAUUAACCAGCAGCUUUCAGGCAGUGAGCUGCUGCUGUCCACUCUUCUCCAGAACACGGUGCAAGGCGUGUCAGGGUCUGAUGUUCUGGUUCUCACAUCAGAUGGACCUUAUGACUUCUAUCAACAGCCCAAUUUGAGUGAGGCCCGCCUUUGUCUUGCAGUCUUGCAACAAAUGAAUCAAGCUGUGAAGCAAAGACUUGAUGACUGGCCAGAGCACCCAGCCCUUGUGCAGGUGACUGUGGUGAUUGAAAGGAUCAUGGGUUUCAGUUUGUCAAGUCCAUUGGCAGAAUUCCUCAAUGGCCUGGAGAUACUGCUAAGUAAAGCACAAGACUGGGAGAAUAAUGCGUGCCGUGCGGUCUCCCUGAAGAAAGAACUGGAAGCGGUUACUCAGCUCAUUAUCCAGUGGCGCAAACUGGAGAUAAAUUGUUGGUCAAGCAGUCUGGACAAUGCAGUAAAGCAUCACAAUGAGAACUCAACGAAGCAUUGGUUCUCGAUUUACCAGCUAUUAGCCAAAUAUCUGGCUGAUCAGAAGAUGCAUGCUAAUGCAGGCAAGGAUAUGGGAGGCCUUUCCUUAGCCUCAUUGUCAUCCACACUCCAGGCUUUCAUGGAAGGGUCCAACCUGGGCGAGUUCCAUACCCGCUUGACUAUGUUGCUGACUUUCCACUGCCACCUCCUUCUGCUUCCUACUCAGCCUGGACAAGAUUUAUUGUCGAAUCUUCUGUGGAACCUACACAAAUACUACAGUCAAUUUUCUGACUGUAUUCAAAGCAAAAUCCUCCAGCUCAGACAGCCUAUAGAGAAGGAGCUCAAGGAUUUUGUCAAGAUCUCCAGGUGGAACGAUGUAAGUUUCUGGUCCCUCAAACAGUCAGUGGAAAAGACACAUCGGACCCUCUUCAAGUUUGUCAGGAAGUUUAAAGAGGCUCUUUACGGUCCCUGUCUGCCUGCUUUGGUUGAAGAGAAAAGCAGCGCCUCCCUCGAUAGUGUUGAUAGAAACCCAGAGGUAACACCAAUUCACCGAGUUCAUAAGGCACUCAAGGAGGCUCUGCCAGGAAAUAACAUAGAUCUUCAAGUCCAGAUCGAGGAGGGAGUUGAGUCGGGAUCUCUGCAAGGACGUCUACCUGUUCUGGCAAGAAAAAUGAAGAAAGUGUGUGCCCAGCACCUUGAGAAACACGCAUCACUGGAGCUGACUGAAGAUUUGGACUGCUUUACAGGCGAAAUCAUCAGAAACAUGAAGGACUUGCAGGGCCUCACCCUUGACAUGUCAGCAGAAAAAGACAAGCAGAAACUUCAAGUCAAACACAUCCUGCAGCAAAAGCAGAGAGCUCUGUCUGAUUUAUUCAAGAUGCUUGCAGAAAUCGGUCUGUCAUACCGUAAAGGGUUGGUGUGGAGCAGGACAGCAGACCCUGUGGACACGCUCUGCAUACAGCCACUGGAAAUGAGUGCCGCUUUUUCUACUGUCAGAACCCAGGAGACCAUGUUGAUGUCAGAGUUGAUGACCGCAUGGGAUGGGUGCCAGCGUUACUUCUACUGUUCGUGGGCGAGGACAAAUGCUUUGCAGGUGGCACUUCAGCGUGCUGGAAAAGAGCUGGGUCUGGGGAACAUCGAGCGCUGUCGAGGUUUCUCAUCUUAUCUUUUCCGGCUGCUCCUCAGACAGAGGCAACGUUUAGCCAUGUUGACUGAGCAGUGGGUCCAUCUCAGGAAGUUAAUCAGCACUGUCCAGGACAUUAAAGCCCAACUCCGAAGUCCAAUUGGGGACACAGAUGGCCCCCUUCUGCCCCAGGAACAUCUUCAUGAUUGGGUCAACAAAGGGCAGGCUCUAGCUGCUCAGUGUUCCAUCCUCCUGCAGCAACUGUCCUGGCUAUUGCAGUGCUGCCCUGAAGAUCCCCAGCAACUGGAAGGGGAAAAUAGAAGCUCUCCGAGAUUAGUCUCUCCGCUGGCAGAUCAUCGUCAGCCUCCUGGCUGCCUUAUGCGUAGAGGAGAUCCCAACUGGAGGCAGCUCAACCAGACUAUUGCUACCAUGCUGAAGCAGAUACUGAACUUAAAGACCGAGCUUCACAAUACAGCACAACAGAGCUCCGACGGAAUACUUCUGACAUGGAAACAUUUCCUCACGUGCUGUUCAGCUUUUGACCAGCUGAGCACUGUGAUGUCUGAACUGCGUGAUAUUGAACAGUUCUUCAUGCCAGCCACAUGUGCCGAAAACAAAGUCCUUCAACCAGCUGUCAUUCAGAGCCUGCAGUUUGUCAGCGGAGAGUUGAUGACAAAUAUCACUGAGUUCACCACUUGGAAGACACAGCUUCUUUCGGUUGGACAAUCUCCCUCGGAUGACCUGUCUGCAUUCUCUUCCGAGUUUGCUGUUGAGUUGGAGACAAACAUAAGCGGCAUGCUGUGUGCUGUCCAGACUCUUGUUAAAAGAAAGGAGAAUGAUGAGCAAAAAGGUCCAGAGAAGAUUACCAAGGAGGUUGGUGAGGAGCAAGCGGAAGACCUACUGAAGCCUCGACACCUCACCCAUCACAUGGAUGAGGAGCUUGCAGCUGAUGUGGAGGCUCUGUGUUUGAAGGAUGUGAACGCCAGGCUAGAGAGGCUCCUGAACUGCUUAAAGAUGCACACAAACUCCUGCGAGCCACAAAAGCUUCAGGAGGUAAACCGAUCGUGUAGGAUGCUGGUUUGUGUCGAGCCUCUGCUUGGGAUUUACUCUGACCUGGUUCGCUACUACCUGGCUGUGUCAGUGGGAGUCCACAGGUCCACCGGAAAACUGCUGUCUGUAUUGGCGAGCAUCUUCACCGAGCUUGCUCAGAAGGGUUUCUGCCUGCCCCAGGAAAUUGCUGCUGGAGAUGGCGAAGGUGCCACAGAGUUUCAUGACUAUGAAGGUGGCGGUAUAGGAGAAGGCGAAGGCACCAAGGAUGUCAGUGACAAGAUUGAGAACGAAGACCAGGUGGAGGACACCUUUACUGAGGGUCAGGAGAAAAAAGAAGAACAAGAUGACAAGAAAAUUAAAGCGGAAGACAAUGCAGUUGAGAUGUCAGAGGACUUUGAUGGCCAAAUGCAUGACGGCGAUGAAAAUGGUUCUGGUGGAGAUGAAUCUGAUGAAGACAAAGAGAAGGAAGACUUGGACAAAAAAAUGGGGGACCUGGGUGAUGGGCAGACAGAUACUCUGGAUGAGAGAAUGUGGGGCGAUGAGGAGGAUGAUGAAGAGGGAGAAGAUGACAAAGAGGAAGAGUCUGGCCAAGGCGUGGACCAGGCUGAAUCUGAAUUAGUGGCAAAGGACGACAACUUGGAUGCUGCAGAAAACAACAAAGAUCAAGAAAAAAAUGGCAACGAGGAACAGAUGGAUGAAGAGGAAAGAGAUCAAAUCCACGAACAAGGAGACGAGCGGGAGUUUGACGAAAAUGAAGUGGACCCUUAUCAUGGCCAGCAGGACAAGAGACCUGAACCUGAUGCUUUGGAUCUGCCUGAGAAUAUAAACCUGGACCAAGAUGACGAGAUUGAAGACAAGGGAGAUGAUGAAGAUGACGAAGAAAACCCACUUGACAUUGAUGACAAAGGCAUGGCUAAAGAAGGGGAAGAAGACGGUCAGAAGGAUGGAGAUGAACAAGAAGGAUGUGAGCAGAUGGAGCAGGACCAGUCAGAGCAACAAGAAGACAACAGCUUGGAACCAGAGCCUAAGACUGAGACGGAAGAUGGUGGGGAAGAAGACCAAGGGAGUGCGGAGGAAGAAAAAGAGGACCAUGGCCAAAAGGAAGGAAAACAUGAAAAUGUUCCAAGGGACGAAGGACCCAAUACUAAGGAUCCUGAUGCAGAAGGUAUGGAUGAGGAUGAGGAGGAGCAGCCAGAAUCAUCUGAGAGGGAAGAGCAUAACGCUGAUGGGCAAACAGGGGAGCAGAAUUUCCAGAGUGACACAGCUGUGGAGAUGGCAGGAGAAGCGUCACACACAGACCAAGUGAAAGAGGAGCACGGGAGUGGAGCAUCUGAUGCCAACGAAUCAGCAGGUCACGAGUCAAAGUUGACCGCAAGGAUGGCUUCACAGACGCAGACACAGAACAAGACUCAGAGCUUUAAGCGAAAACCCGGUCAAGCUGACAAUGAACGAUCAAUGGGUGACUACAAUGAGCGUAUCAAUAAGCGUCUGCGUACAGUGGAGAGCUCCAAGAAUAAGACGCAAGACACAAGGCAACUUGACAGCAAGCUGGAAUCCGACCUGUACGAGUAUAUCAAAGAGGGAGACGAGGCUUAUGACACUCAAACCUAUGAUGUCGCCAAUGCUGAUCAGCAGAAAGCAGCAGGACCUCAACAGGACAAGGUUGAAGAUCAGGAUGAAGAUGUUUUAAUGGAAACAGAACAUCAGGACGAAGACUUACAAGCUGCUGAGGUCCAGGAACUGAAACAUGAGAAAUUGGACCCAACAAAUCCCACACAGAAAGGUAUAGAGAAUGGGGAAAUGGAGCUGCAGAGGCAGGAAAACGAUGAAGAUGAACAUAUGGACAGCCAGCCACCCAGAGCAAAAGAGAAAGCUGAGAAAAACACAGAAUCAACCUUUCACACGGUCCCUGAACUACUGAUCAACAACAUGCAGAAAUUAGAGAGAGACCCUGAAGUCAUCAGAAGAGAGAUGGAGCUGCAGUUAGCACUGUGGCACAAACUGGCUCCAGGAACUGAGGAGGAGGAGAGGGCAGCAGAAAACAUGUGGCGCCAGUACCAGACUUUGACCUCGUCUCUAUCACAGCAGCUGUGCGAGCAGCUCCGCCUCAUUCUGGAACCUACACAAGCUGCCAAGCUUCGAGGUGAUUACCGCACAGGAAAACGGCUCAACAUGAGAAAAGUGAUCCCAUACAUUGCAAGUCAGUUCCGUAAGGAUAAGAUAUGGUUGAGGAGGACCAAGCCCAGCAAAAGACAGUACCAAAUUUGCCUGGCAAUAGACGAUUCAUCCAGUAUGGUGGACAACCAUUCCAAACAGCUGGCGUUUGAAUCCCUUUCAGUGAUUGCCAAUGCCCUGACUCUGUUGGAAGUUGGACAAGUGUCUGUCUGCAGUUUUGGCGAGCAGGUGCAGCUUCUCCACCCCUUCCAGCUGCAGUUCAACGAUGAGUCUGGUGCUCGCAUCCUCCGACAAUGUCAGUUCCAGCAGAAGAAGACCAGAAUUGCUCAGUUUCUAGAGAGUUCCACCAAGAUGUUUCUUGCAGCACGACAGCAGUUUCCAGGAUCUACAAAUUUAGAGACGUCCCAGCUGCUGCUGGUCGUGUCGGAUGGUCGAGGACUGUUCCUUGAAGGGAAAGAGCGGGUGAUGGCGGAAAUACGAGCGGCACGAAGUGCAAACGUGUUCCUCAUUUUUGUGGUACUUGACAGCCUUUCUUCACGGGACUCCAUCCUGGACAUCAGAGUUCCAGUAUUCAAAGGACCGGGAGAGCUGCCAGAGAUCCGCUCCUACAUGGACGAAUUCCCCUUCCCGUUCUACGUCAUCCUGCGAGAUGUCAACGCCCUGCCAGAGACCCUGAGCGAUGCACUGCGCCAGUGGUUUGAACUGGUCACGGCCGACGACCUGUGACCCCUUCUUGGUGGACCUUUUCAUCACGGAAGCAAAUCAGCAGGCAUGAUCCAGUCUGCCGCACCUGUAAUGUGCCUUCAUUUUCAUACAUUUUAGGACAAUCUGCUCAAAUUAUUUGAUGAGUUUGAUAGAAACAUUUACAGGUGUGUUAUUAUUUUUUUGAUCUUAAUCAGGGAGCAUCUGUCUGUCAUGGUCGCAUGAAGUUGCAUAUGAAGAGAGUCUUUGAUGCUUGAAUCAGUAUAGACAAAGUAGUACAGUAUGUGAUCAUAGAAAGUCAUUUGGUUUGUGUCAAAGACUUACUUUGACCAUCGCCAAGAAACGAUAGAUUUGGCCUGCAAAACAAAUAACAUGGCAAGAUCUAAUCACACCAUUUUUACAAGAAACAUUUCAGACCUUUUUUCCAUUCAGGCCCGCAGCUUUUAUGAAUUAUGUAUUAAAUUAUUCAAGAGGCGCAGUUGCGGAAAUAUAAAUCAUGAUACAAAG